AUGAAGCUACAUAGACAAAAGGUGCUAAGUAUUGUGGCCGCUGCUGCCAUUGUUGGCCUGUGGUACAUGUUUUUUGGUCAGCAGCUCUCGAACCGAGAAACAUACGACCCAGAUGUCGUCCCGCAGCAGGAGGGUAGGACCCCGGCAGCCGUGAGGGCUGCAGCGGACAAGAAUCAGGCGCCCAUGAUAAAGGGUAGCAUCAUGCCAGGAAUGCCAGACCCCACCGCGAAGCAGGAGCUGGGCAGGGCGACGUGGAAGCUGUUCCACACGAUGCUUGCGCGGUUCCCAGAUGAGCCAUCGGAGCAGGAGCGGGAAAAAUUGCAUACCUUCCUACACCUGUUGGCAGAGCUGUACCCAUGUGGCGAGUGCUCUGUGCAUUUUGUGAGCUGGUUGAAGAAGCUGCCUCCGCAGACGUCCAGCAGGUCUGCCGCGGCCACGUGGGGGUGCUCGAUUCACAACAAGGUAAACCUGUACCUAGGUAAGCCCGCAUACGAUUGCUCGAAGAUACUCGAGGACUACGACUGCGGCUGCGGCGACGACGCGGCGGCGGGCAGUCUGAAGGUCUCCGUGCACACAGAGCGGCCGCAGGGCGGAUAG